GAGCUGCAUCAGGGGAGAAACCCGCUUCACCUCCGUCUCCUCCUCGGUCAGUGUCAGCAUCUCUUCCGGGUCUGCCUCCAGCCUCACCGGCGCUCCACGAUGUCUCUGUCGGGCUCACAGACUCCAGAGGACGGACUCUACGGCUCCUGGGUUGAGCUGGAGGAGCUGAUUGCAGCAGUGAGCCGCAGAGAGAGCUUGACAGGACCGCAGGACUCCAUCUCCUCUGCCCUGCAGGGGGAGCUGGAGAGGAUCCUUCUGGAGGCACAGUUGGAGUGUGAGAGAAGUAAAGACAGUCCUCCACAGGUGACGACUCCACAGUCCACCAGUUCUCCAAAAUCCACCAGUGAACAUGACAGUGACUGUGUCCCUAUACAGGAGGAAGCUGAGCGGAGAGCAGACACAGAGUGGGUGUGGGACUGGUCAAGUAGGCCUGAAAACAUGCCACCAAAAGAGUUUGUGUUUCAGCACCCAAAACAGCAGAGCUCCCUCAGUGUUAGGAAGACAGAGGUGAUGAAGAGAGGAAUCUUCUCCUCUGAUGUUCUCCUCAUUCUUGUUCCCUCCCUGCUGGCUUCACACCUGCUCACACUCGGAGUAGGAAUCUACAUAGGAAAGCGACUGGCCGCUUCCACAACUAGCACUCUGUGACAUUGGCUGCAAGCCAGUGCCCCCGUUUGCUAACCUUCUGACCUGUAAGGUCACAGUCUGCCCUCUCUCCCGCACUAACUUGCCUCCUUCCUUCGUCACGGGGCAAACCUAGGACCCUGCCUGUCUGUACCAUUGUCCUUUUGUUCAUCUGUUUAUCCAGCAGUACUCUGUCAGCCUUUUUGUCAUUCUGUACUUAUCGUAGGGGCCCGGGGAGCAGAUGGAUGCUGACCAAAGAGUCAGACUGAGGUCACUUUUCCUCUCCUGCAGAGUUACACUGAUCUCAGCUACUCAAUGCAAACAAAGAGAUUGCCCAGUUAAAGGAGAAAAGACAGGAGGAGAGAAAAACACCCUCACAACCCCGACGAGGAAAGAAGAAAAAAGGGUUUAUGAGAAUGGAGUGUUCUAAUAAAAUGAGUUAGAUACAAGUCGUUCUAUGAACAAAUCAUUUUUCAGGAGUAAUGACUCUUUGUAAGACUGAAUCCCCUAAUGUGGGUCUCUGUUUUUUUGAUGGGUGGAUUUACCGUUUCAGUUGGCUAAAUAAAUAUAGAAUGAACUCUG